CAAUCAACUUACGCAGGCGGCAGUGGUCCAGACUUUUGGCUCGGUCUCCAGUUCAUGCGACCCUAUUUUUUAAAAAAAAACUUGUGAAGUUGAAGGCGUCGUGAAGCAGUGCAGUUCGAGGAAAGAGCAACAAGACUGUGGGCCUAACAACCUCUGUAAAGGCUGAAUAAUUUAAAAGCAGUGGCAGUUGUCUAUCCUCCAGAGCUGGUGGGCUAACUUGUCUCUAAUAGGAUUCUACUUCAACUAUUGAGGACCAUGGCUGGCAGAGGAGUAUCCAGGCCAAAUGGUCAGUCCCAAACCAGCAAAAUAUGCCAAUUUAAACUUGUAUUGCUUGGAGAGUCAGCUGUGGGCAAAUCUAGUCUUGUGCUACGUUUUGUUAAAGGACAAUUUCAUGAAUACCAGGAAAGCACAAUUGGUGCUGCAUUUCUGACGCAAUCUGUCUGCUUGGAUGACACAACAGUAAAGUUUGAGAUCUGGGACACUGCUGGACAGGAGCGGUAUCACAGUUUAGCUCCUAUGUACUACAGAGGUGCUCAAGCUGCCAUUGUGGUUUAUGACAUCACCAAUCAGGAAACCUUUGCAAGAGCAAAGACGUGGGUAAAAGAGUUGCAGCGACAAGCAAGUCCCAAUAUAGUUAUAGCCCUGUCAGGAAACAAAGCUGAUCUGGCUAACAAAAGGAUGGUGGAAUAUGUGGAAGCACAAGGAUAUGCAGAUGAUAAUAGUUUGUUGUUCAUGGAGACAUCAGCCAAAACAGCAAUGAAUGUGAAUGACCUAUUUUUGGCAAUAGCCAAGAAGCUGCCAAAGACUGAACUUCAGAAUACCAGCGGAAUCACUGGUCGUAACAGAGGUGUGGAUCUUCAUGAACCAUCUCAGCAGAGCAAGAGCCAGUGUUGUAGCAACUAAGCAACCAUGAUGGGAGCUUGCUCCAAGUUGACCACUGCACAUUCAAUAACAAGUUGAAAUGAAAUCUCUACAUCCAUGCCUCUUGCAAUGCUUCAGUAAAGUACCUGCAGAAUGGAUGUGGGAUUUGACUUAACACUGUCUUUUGUACUAGAGAUGCAAAAUCAACUUGAUCACCUUCUUUUCACCUACCUUUUUAAUGUUGUUGCUACACGAAUGCACUGUUUCCUCAAAUACCAGUUAUUCAAAGCAUUUUUUAAACCAGACUUAUAGAUAACUUUGAACGCUAUUCAGAUUGUUCAAAUUCUGCAGCUUUGUGCUGAAUGCAAACUGCAUUCUCUACUUGUCAAUGUUUACCCUAUAUUUUGAAACUGCAUGUUAGUAUUUGCAAUGUUUAACCUUGGCAGGGAAACCUUUCCCCAUUUCCAAUGUAGGAAUUGGGCCUUGAGGAUUUAAAAUAUAAAUCAAGGACCCUGCACUAAACACUUGCAUGCCUGUCCUAGAUUAAGCAGUUUUUAGGCAGCUACAAGCUAGAAGAAAAUCUGCUCAACUGUGAUGGGACUCUAACCCCCAGCAGUGUAUUUUGAAAUUUACCAUGUUUUAAGCAGUGGAUGCUGUUUUAAAUCCCUAGUGGCUUUUUAGUUUGUACAACUAUUGGGUGUAACUUGAUGCUUUUAUGACUUGUGUAGAUCUCACUGCAGUGGCCAUCUUUUUUGAAGUUGGCAGGUAAAUGGCAUAGGGAUAAUGAUAUGGUGAGGCUAAACAAUUGGGAGUGAGGAAUGCAGUUUCAUAAUAGCCAUGUUGACAUGCAUUGCAGCAACAUGCUUUGCUCUCAUUGGGUGUAUCCUGAAGUUGAGUGCAGUAAAUAAGCUAGCUGUGAAUUUUGGCAAAAGAUUGAGCAAGGUUUAGAAUAACUGACCACUAUACAUCCUGAAUAAUUUGACCAGAUAAUGCCAUGCUUUCAACUUGUUCAGGUUCCUGCAGUAGGGUAUUUGUGUAAUGAAACUUGCUAAGCACUUCUUAAAAAUGCACUUGCCAUUUAUUUUCUGGUGCAAGUUGACAUCUCUAUUGCUAGUUUAACACCAACCAUGAGUUAGAUGCUGUAAUUGUAAUCUUGCCCAACUUCACUUGGAAGUGUUGUUACUUAACCCUUUCUUGGGUGGUCUUGUGGAUAAAACUAAAACUGACAUAACCAUGAGCCUUAUUCCAGUGUUGCAUUCAGCUUUGACUGCAAAAUCUUGAUUUGGGAGCCUACAAUUGAUUCUCUGCAGUAGAACACUUGGCUUCUGAAAUCUUAAUUCUGUAAAAAUACUUGAAGUUUACCUUUCGAGUCUCUUUCCAGAUGUAAACACUUUGCUUUCCCCUGAAGAUAGUCUCAGACUUGGAUGUCAUUUUUUACUUCUGGUUUGUGCAAGGCCUUUUCUCAAAAUGAAUUAAUAGGUUUGUUACAGUAGUCAUGCCUGAAUCUAGAUGCCACUGAAGCAAAUCACACUUGCAGGUGACUGCAAUAAUACAUACUGGUGUUCUGAAGUCAAUGUUUUUAGGAUGGGGACAGCUUGCUAUCUAGCAUGGGUUGAAAACUGCCAUUUAUUUUUUCACUUAAAAUGGAUCACUAGUCUGAUUUACCUGAACUCACUUUUUAAUGUGCUUUGUCCUCUGGGCUUUGAUCUUAAUCUCAAUCUUCUGAAAUAUUGAAAUAGAUCUUUGAUACCAUCUGUCUUGUAUGGAGAUUGGUCCACAGUAAAGUACUGUUACUCUUUUCAGUCCUCUUGUCCUGCAAUUGGUUGUUUACUUUGACUACAGUCAAGUAGAAUGCUUUUUAAAUUUUAGCACUUAAGAUCUGCCACUAUUAGGAAUAUGUGGUGAAUGAUUGGGUCUUUUUUGAAUAGGAAGUGUUUAACUAACUUUAUUUUUUCAAUGCACUUUACUUUUUUGGCACUUCAUUUUAGUCUGGUGCCUUGUUAUGCAUAAAUCAUGCACUGAAUUUUUCAUGUCUGACCUCUGACACUGAAUUGGGUCUUCCUAUGGCAGUUGACUUGGAGUGCAAAUGACAUCUGAAGUUCAUGUCAAACAUGAAAUGUGUAUAGUUAUUGCAAGAUCCUCCUUCAAAACUUUAGUUUACAAUGUAAAUGCAAAACUGCCAAAUGUUCCUCCUCUGUACACCUUGCUUUAGUACAGAUCUAGUUCCUGUGGCUGCAUAACUUGUUGGAAGCUGUGGAAAUUUUUUUGGGCAUGUACAGGAGUUGCAUUCUGUUCAGUCUUAAUGAAUUACUUGGCACAUGUAAUCUGUCUUCAAAUGACGUGAACAGAAUGUAAUUGUGAGCAACCUACUAAGACUUUCAAUUGUUCUCUGCAGGAUCUGUAUAAAGUUUAUUUAAAGUGCUAAGAAACUUGUUGACAACUGCCUGUUUCUAAAAUGUCACUUUGUAGUUAAGCCAAGCUUUAUUAAAGCUUAUGUUGCAACUAAAUCAUGGUAAUGGAAUUCAUUGGUGCAAUGUAUUUAAU